GGUAAUUAGAAAAUUUUUUCUAACCCUUAUUUUACACUCUCCAAGCUCUAUAACAAUGUAUUCUAUAAAUGCAAACACGAUGAAAUAGUGGCGCUGUUGUCACUAAACGUUUAAGGUUAAGUUAGCUUAACAUUAUAUUUAAUGCUUAUUUAAAAAAUAGAUUGCGUGUGAUCAUAAUUUUUUCAAGCGAUAUGCUUUCGUUGUGUAUAACAAAAAUGUUAAGCCAAUACCAAUUUAUAGAAAAUCAUUUGCAUAACCAUACUAUCUACAUAUAUAUCAUAAAAUGAUAUUUUAUUCAUAAUGCGUUUGUUGCGAAUUAUUCGAUAUAAACAACACACCAUUUUUCUAUUAACUGCAAGGAAAUCGUUACUAAUUAAUCCAUCCAAAGGAAAAGGUAAUGUCGUCGUUGAAUUUAAAAAAGAUUUCAACGCCACGUUAAGGUUAUCUAUUAAACAGGAAUACAAGAAGCAAAAGAUUCUAUCAAAUAUUUACAAAGAUGGUUGAAGGACAUUAUGAACAGGUCCAGUUAAUAUAUUGAAGGUAAAUAUGAAAGAAGCAAUUAAAUGUGAAGCAAUUAAACAAAGUAAUAAGGCAACAAAAAAUAGUGAUAGGCCGUAAUCACAAUGGAAAGACUUUUUGGAAUAUUUAUAUCCACAGUUAUUUAUUUCUUUAUCAAGUACUCUGAUCAUAGGAAUGUUAAACAUAUGGAUCCCAAAAAGACACGAUAAUACAUAAAUGUAUUGACAAAAAUAGUAUAAAGUAAAGGAAAUGUUUCUACAAGGAAUAUUUUGGGAAUGCUUCUGUGACCAUUACUUAUGUUGGCAUGCAUAUAUAUUGCACAAACAUUUUUUACUUUUGCUUAUAUUCACGCAAUUUCUUAUAUUAUAAAAAAAGUGGCAAUGAAAUCAAAAUGUAUUCAAAUCUAUCAUUGUGCAAGGUGGUACACUCUUCGAGAAACAGAAGUAUUUUUUAAAGUAGUUGCAUAUGCAUCUGAAAAUUUAGUACAUGUACUUAAAUAUGCUACCAUUGCCAAUGAUGGCGGCAGGAAAGACAUUAAUACAUCAGGAAAACUCUUAAAAGAACUGAAGAAAGCAUUAUUUACAGCCAAGGACGUGAAUUAUUUAGAAAACGAAUUAAAAGAGAAAAUCCAAAACGAUAAAGGAUCGAGGAAUAAUCUUAACAGCAAAAUCAUGGAGAAAGAACAAUAAGUUAAAGGAUCAUUCACAAGAGAUUUUUCAUCAGAGGUAGUUUCUCAUUUUGUAUUCCAGAAAAAAUAGAAAAUUUUAAAUAUUUAGAAGAUCAUUCUCAAAUUGUCGAAAAAGAAUUGCACAAGUAAAAAUUAAUAUGCAAAAAUUACAUGAGCAUAAUGUAGUCCUUUGAUGCAUAAAUAUACUUUGAAAAUGAGGUAGAAGAAUACUGUGAAUUUCACGGUCAUUUUGACAAGACGUUGAAAAGGAGCCGCUUGAAGAAAACCAAAUAUGGAAAUGGAAUAAAGAAUUCAGACCAAGUAAUCUGAAUUUAGACCAUCGAAGAAAAGAACCUUCAACAAUAAGGAACAAGCAACAAGGAUGUCACACAGAAGCGAGCUUCUUGUGAAAGUCAAAUUUAGUAGCAAUAAAUGAUACGACAGCUUACAAACUGCAACAGAGUAUUCUAAGAUUUACACAUCAAUGAAGAAGUAAGAAGUAACGUUUUAUAUUAAAAGUCGAGCUCGGAAUUGCGACAAAUAGAAACACUGAAUAAAAUAAGCACCAAAUCACACAUUUCAGAUAAUCGAAAAGAUGAAACCAUUACAUAUAUUUUAUCUAAUAUUCGAUCACCGCUCUGACGAAAUGAUGAUGGAACGCAGAACGGUAUCAUGAAAAAGGAUAUUAAUCAGCAACAACAUAGUAAUAACAAGAACACAUUCUGGUAAAAUCACUUGUCAACUGAUUGAUUUUUAAACGUAAUGGUUAUUGUAAUAACAAUCAAAAAAAAGAAAAUUACUGAAAAUUCACUUUUACAUUGCAAUUAACAAGUAGGUAAUAUAAUUAAAUACGAAUUUUAAGUAAGCUAAAUUCUACAUAAAGCUCACAUCAGAAGAUCCAAAGGGUAGAAAAUUUUUGAUAGUUUUAUAGUCUACCAUCAAAAAAUUUUUAGGAUUGUAGUCUUUAGGAUCAAUUAUAUCAAUUACGCUAGAUGAAUGACUUAUAUUUAUUUAUAUUAGCGAUAUUCAAAAUUUUAUAAAGCGUUCUUUUGAUCGUUCAAAAAACAAAUUGUGAAAGAAAGAUAAAAUAUGAAUGAAUAUUAUAAAUUCGCCCACACACUUCGACAAGAUUUUUCUCUUAUAA